GGAUCAAACCAUUUUGACACUUUGAGGGAGUUGGAGAAUCUUGCAUUUCUACUGGUGGACAUGAGGAAGCACGACGAGGCGGAAGAAUUGCUCCAAAGAGCUCACGCAGGCUAUGAAGGAUCGCCUGAGUGUGGAUCAUAUCAUCCCUUGACUCUUAAGGCUCUUGCCAAUCUCGGCGACUUUUACAGAAAUAAGGGGCUUUAUGAGCGGGCAGAGAAAGUAUACCAGGAGGCACUCUUGGGCUAUGAACGAACUAAUAUUUUCGGUGAGGACCAUGACAAGUGCUUGGCUGAUGUGGUCAAUCACUUGGGCGAUGUUUACAGUUCCCAGAAUCGACUGGAGGAAGCAGAAACAUUUUAUCAACGCGCUAAGAAGGCAUAUCAAGCAAUGUUCGGGCCCCAACAUCCUUCGACACUCGACAUGAUCAAGAAAUUGAGUGACCUCUUUGUCGAGAAGACCGGGCUCGAUGAAGCAGAAAAGAAAUACCGAAAUGCACUAGAGAGUUCAGAAGAAGAGAACGGCUUGCUCCACAAAGAGACACUCCAAAGAGUCGGUGAUCUCGGCUCGGUGUUGUUCGAGCAAACGAAAUACGAAGAGGCAGAGUUGAUGUACAGAAGAGUUAUGGAAGGAUACGAGAAAAUGCAUGGGCCUAAGCACCUAAUGACCCUGGAUAAAAUCCACUACCUUGCCUUAGUUCUUGAUCGACAAAAGAAAUAUGAGGAGUCGACAAAGAUGUACAAGAAAGCGCUCGAAGGAUACGAAGAAACUUUGGGUCCAACAGAAUUGGGCACACUUCACUGUUGCUUCAAUUAUGCCUUAGCUUUGACCCAUACAGGCAAUAACGAAGAUGCUGAGAUGCUAUACCGACGAGCAUUGGAAGGGUAUGAGUUGCAGCUUGGUAUGAAGGAUUUGACUACAAUCAAUACACUCAAGAAUCUCGGCUUGGUUUUACAUCACCUCAGCAAAUUUCAAGAGGCACGGGCAAUGCUUGCGCGCGCAGUGAGAGGAUUUGAAGUGGUACUUGGGCCCGAAGACCCAGCUUACCUGAACACUUUGAGUUACAUUGGCGCAACUCUCGACGCACUCGGUCGCUACAAAGACGCAGAGUAUUAUUAUCGCGAGGCUUUUCUGGGCCUGAAUCAGGCAACUGGGCCUGAAUCCUCCGAUACA